AUGAUCCAAUUACUCUUUACUCUGAUACUCGCGGAGAUGGCGCUGAUCGUGACCUUCGUGUUCAAAACGCCAUUUAGGAAGUUGGCUAUAAUGGGCCUGGACCGGGUCAAGAGAGGACGCGGCCCAAUUGUGGUCAAGACUGUGGCGGGGACUAUUUUUAUAGUGAUGGUGUCUAGCGGGUACAAUGUGGUGGCGAUCCAUAGGCGUUGGAUUGAUGAUGGUGACGUCAACACUACUGAUCAGAUUCUUCUUGCUAAGCAUCUUCUUGAAGCUUCUCUCAUGGGGUUUUCUUUGUUCCUAGCAUUUAUGAUUGAUAGACUACAUCAUUAUAUCCGAGAACUUCGCAUAAGAAGGAAGAGCAUGGAAGCUGUAAAGAAACAGAACCGAGCUUUUGAGAAUGGUAAGACUCCCGCUUCCGAGGAAAUCAAAGCCUUGGAACUAGAGAAGACUACAUCGCAUGAAAGGAUUAAGCAGUUGGAGUCAAAGCUCGAGGAAAAGAUUAAAGAGGCAAACAGUGCAGAAGCCAAUGCUACAGCUUUAAAGAAACAAUCAGAAGGAUUUCUUCUUGAAUAUGAUCGCCUGCUCGAGGAAAAUCAGAACCUUCGAAGCCAGUUGCAAUCUCUAGAUCGAAAAUUGUCACAUUCCAAUAGCAAAAAGGUUAUUUAA